CUUGAGACGAAGCACAGGUGUGCGCUCCUGCACGUGAAACUUUUCACUUCUACUCGUAAGGAGACUCAGCUCAUCAGUUCUGUUUUAAAACAACGUUUAGCCAACAUGGAUAAGUUUCGGAUAAUGGCUCAGUUUUUACAAGCUAACCAGGAGUCUUUUAUGAACGGUAUAUGUGGGAUCAUGGCCUUGGCGAGCGCGCAGCUUUACUCCACGUUUGAGUUCACCUGCCCGUGUAUGCCCGAGUAUAAUUACGCAUACGGGGUUGGCAUUCUGAUCGUUCCUCCAUUCUGGUUCUUCAUGCUGGGCUACGUGCUGAAUAAUAACAUCUCAAUGCUGACUGAGGAGUGGAAGAGACCCAUUGGUCAGCGGCAGAAGGACCCCACUGUGCUGCGCUACAUGCUCUGCUCCAUGACCCAGCGCGCACUCAUCGCUCCCUCCGUGUGGAUCGCCGUCACGCUCAUGGACGGCAAAAGCUUCUUAUGCGCCUACAGUACCAAGCUCGAUCUGAGCCACUUCUUUAAUCGAAGCAACGUGUUAACGCCCGAUAAAGACCUGGAGAGGAUUCUAGCAACAAUUCCCUGCAAAAAUAUCUCACAUGACUUACAUAAUAUAAUCAACAGGGAGGCAGCAACCCGGUAUAUUCGGGUUAUGUCUCAGGCUUGUGGAUGGGCAUUUUUGAUGUUGACCACUUUUGUGGCCUUUCUGAUAAGAGCAAUCAGACCUUGUUUCACUCAAGCCAUCUUCCUGAAAACCAAAUACUGGUCACAUUACAUCGACACGGAACGUAGGCUCUUUGAUGAGAUGUGCAAAGAGCAUGCCAAAAGUUUUGCCAAGGUCUGCAUUCAACAAUAUUUUGAGAGCAUCAGUGGUGAAAUUGUGUUUCAUAAACUGCAAGUGAAAGAAAAGGAUGGAAAAGACAAAGGUAACGAUGAAGAGAAGCCCGUGAGUGAAGAAGAGAAGCUCCUAGGCAUCAGAGAAAAGGAGGACAUAAAUAAAGUUCUGUGGAACUGGCAUACCUGUAAACCUGCACUCAGCAUUCAUAAAUAUGAAAAAGAUGAAAACACUAAGGACAUACACACUAAUGGUUUUCACAGGCCAAAGUCCAUGAACGAUCGUGCAGCGUAUUAUUCCAAGGUCUAAAUUUAUA